AUGUAUGGAUUCAAGAAAAUUCGCAAUGUUAACAACCAAAAUGAAUUCAGUCAUUAUUAUUUUAGGAAGAAUAUGGAGUAAUCAAAUCACAUUAAUCUCAGGAACCUGUUAGUCAAUAUCCCCAGGAGAAACGGAGGAGUCAAGCCCAAAAAGGAAAAGUCCAUCAAACUGAAAAACCAAAUAGUAAAGCAAAUCUAAGAGGAACUGUUCGAAAAGUACACAACCUUGAAAUAGGAAAUACACAACAUCAACACAGAAUCCAAUUUCAUUAGUAUCAUUUUGUAUGGCUAUUAGUUCCAAAACACUCAAUCCACCCUACUUGAGUCCUACCACUCUUUAUUUCUGGAAUUUAGUAUGAUAAAGAGCAAACGUCAAACCUAUAGUGAUUUAUUGUGCCAACUGUUAUUUCGAUUAACCAGCACUUCCCCUAAUGAUUAAUCACAAAACUCCAUUCAAAAGUUCAACAAGACCAAUCAAAAUACAAUGAGCAACGGAACAAGAAGUUCCGAUAACAACAAUGAAUAAAAUGGUGGUUCCAGUAAAGAUGGUACUCAAAAUAUCUUUAUAAGUAGAUACAAAUUAGAGCAAUGGAAGUAACUAACAAUUAGAGGAAGACAGAAUAAAGGCUGUAUGAUUAAAAUAUGUCUAUAAUUUAUUACUAUUAAAUGA